ACUUCCCUCUACAGUCUACCCAGUUUGUCGAGGUUUACUGACCUAAUUUGAUCACGAUAUUCGUCAUUCGGUAUGUGAAUUGUUUUAUCGAUUAUUCCCACCUGAGAACUCGUCGCGAGUAUGGCUUUUGCGACUCUUCGUAGCGUUCCCUCACCGACUCGCUUGAUGCGUCCUACCAUGGCUAUUUCUCAGCAUCAGAGUCGCCAGAUCUCAUUCUCUUCCUACCUCGUGUCACCCAGGGAACUCAAUGAAGCUUUGAAGAAGAAUCCAACCACGAAGAUCUCCACUUCUCCGCGCGUAAUCCCUCUAUGUGCCGCGUGGUUUAUGCCCAAUGACCCCCAGGGCCGCAAAGGCAUUGAUGCUUUUCGAAAGCAUCGAAUCCCUCAGGCACGAUUUUUCGAUCUAGACGCGAUCAAGGACUCUGAAUCUCCCUACCCGCAUAUGCUUCCUACUGUGGAAACGUUUGCCGAGGCGAUGAGCGAGCUUGGCAUUCGACGCGACGACGAGGUUGUUGUUUACGAUACGGAAGAGCUUGGUAUCUUCAGCGCCCCUCGUGUUGGCUGGACCUUACGAGUAUUUGGGCAUCCCAGGGUUCAUGUCCUCAACAACUACAGGCUGUGGGUUCGUGAAGGCUAUCCGACAGAGACUGGGGAGCCAGCGCCUGUGGAGAAGACCAGCUACCCACUCCCACAAUUCGACUCUAAGCUGGUUAUUCCGUACCGGGAGUUGAAGGAGAUCGCCAAGGAACACCGAAAGGAAGGGUCAAAGGAGGUUGAGAUCCUGGAUGCUCGAUCUUACGGACGAUGGGCGGGUACUGAUCCCGAACCGCGCCCGGGGUUGUCUUCGGGACAUAUCCCUGGCUCCAGGAGCUUGCCUUUCCAGGAACUUCUUGACCCUGAAACAAAGACAUAUCUUUCUCCUGAAGAGCUGCGCAAGGUCUUUCAGAAACACGAAGUCGAUGAAACCAAGUCCAUCAUCAGCACAUGCGGGACCGGCGUGACGGCCAGUAUCAUUGAAACUGCUUUGAAUGUCGCAGAGUAUGGAAAUCCCAGUCUUCGGAGGGUUUACGACGGGAGCUGGACUGAAUGGGCACAGCGUGUCAACGACUCGGAGGGUCUAAUUAAGAAGGCGACCUGAGGAGACCCUUUUUUAUUGUGGCCAUGAUACGGUCUUGAAGGAUUUGUAUGACAGCAUUUCUGUUCUCUUGCCUUGAAUACAUAUCGGCUUGCGUUAGAGCGCUAACACACACGAAGAACUUAGAGCUUCACUGCUGUGCGAUAGAAUGUAAUACAGGGAAAAAAUAAUGUGCAUAGUCCUAUUUAUCUAGAAUCUUUAGCAUAAUGUGUCGGGUAAGGAUGGCG